UUCCUCAUCGACUGGGUUACUCCUGCUCCAGGCCCCGAGUUCUCUGCUCCAGGGACCCAGGUGACUGCGCUGCCCGUUUCUCGGGGAUCUCGGGUGCCCGGAGUUUCCUCCAGAGGACGUCAGGUCACCAGAGAAGCUAAAAAUGACCUCAGUGACCUUUGAGGAUGUGGCUGUGAACUUCACCAAGGAGGAGUGGUCUUUUCUGGAUGCUUCCCAGAAGAACCUUUACAGAGAUGUGAUGCUGGAAGUCCUCAGAAACCUGGCUUCUAUAGGAAACAAGUGGGAAGACAGGACCACUGAAGAUCAGAUUGAAAACUCUGGAAGCAACCUAAGGCACAUCACAUCUCACUCUGGACACAAAUACUAUAAGCAUGAGGAAUGUGAAGAGAAGCCAUGUGAAUUUAAACAAUAUAGGAAAUCUGUGGUUUCUCUCAAAAGUGUUCACACACAAAUGUUGUUCCAAACUGGAGAUAGACCACAUGAAAGUACAGUAUGUGGGAAAGUCAUCAGUUGUUUCAGUGACAUUCAAAGACAUGAAGAAACUCAUACUGGGAGGCAACCCUAUGAAUGUCAACAAUGUGGUGAAGCCUCUUCUUCUCUCCCAGGUGUUCAAAGACACAUGAUAACACACAGUGGAGGUAAACCUUUUCAAUGUGAGGUAUGUGGGAAAGCCUUUCAUUUCUCCUCCUUAUUUAGAAGACAUGAAAGAACUCAUUCUGGAGAGAAAUUCUAUGAAUGUAAACAAGAUGGUCGAACCUUUAUUUCACACACAAGUCUUCAAAAGCACAGGAUCACACACAUGGGGAAUGCACAUUUCAAAUGUAAGGUAUGUGGGAAAGACUUUGCUUAUCCCAGAUUACUUAGAAUACAUCAAAAAACACAUACUGGAGAGAAGCCCUAUGAAUGCAAGCAGUGUGGCAAAGCCUUUGCUAGAUCUGGUGACCUUCACAUACAUGAAAGAACUCACACUAUAGAGAAGCCCUAUGAAUGUAAGCAGUGUGGCAAAGCCUUUGCUACAUCCCUUCAGCAUCAUAAACAUGGAAGAAUACAUACUGGAGAGAAGCCCUAUGAAUGCAAACAAUGUGGAAAAGCCUUUGCUACAUCCUAUGAGCUUAAGGGACAUGGAAGAACACACACUGGAGAGAAGCCCUAUGAAUGUAAGCAGUGUGGCAAAGCCUUUGCUAGAUCUGGUGACCUUCGCACACAUGGAAGAACUCAUACUGGAGACAAGCCCUAUGUAUGUGAGCAGUGUGGAAAAGCCUUUGCUAGAUCUGGUGACCUUCAGAUUCAUGGAAGAACACAUACUAGAAAGAAACCCUUUGGAUGUCAACAAUGUGGAAAAAUAUUUGCUUCAUCCCAUCAUCUUCACAUACAUGGAAGAAUGCAUACCAGAGAAAAGCCCUAUGAAUGUGAACAAUGUGGAAAAGGCUUUACUACUGCCUCUUACCUUCAGAUACAUGAACGAACUCAUACUGGAGAGAAGCCUUAUAAAUGUAAGCAGUGUGGGAAAGCCUUCACUCAGUCCUCUCACCUUCACUCACAUGAACAAACUCAUACUGGAGAGAAGCCCUAUGAUUGUAAGCAGUGUGGCAAAGCCUUUGCUAGAUCCAGUGAAGUUCAAAUACAUGGAAGAGUGCAUACUGGAGAGAAGCCCUAUGAAUGUAAACAUUGUGGAAAAGCCUUUGCUAGAUCUGGUGACUUUCACAUACAUGAAAGAAGUCAUACUGGAGAGAAGCCCUAUGAAUGUAAGCAGUGUGGCAAAGCCUUUCCUGCAUCCCGUCAGCUUCUUAAACAUGGAAGAACACAUACUGGAGAGAAGCCCUAUGAAUGCAAACAAUGUGGAAAAGCCUUUGCUACAUCCUAUCAACUUAACAGACAUGGAAGAACACACACUGGAGAGAAGCCCUAUGAAUGUCAACAAUGUGGAAAAGCCUACACUACUGCCUUUUACCUUCGGAUACAUAAACACACUCAUACUGGAGAGAAGCCCUAAGAAUGUAAGCAGUGUGGCAAAGCCUUUCUAGAUCCAGUGGCCUUCACAGACAUGGAAGAAUGCAUACUGGAGAGAAGCCCAAUGAAUGUCAACAACGUGGAGAAGCCUUUGCCACAUCUUCUCUGCUUCACACAUGUAAAAGUACACAUACUGCAUAGAAAUCGUAUGCAUGAAAACAAUUGGUAAACUCUUCUGUUAUUACUGUUUCGCUCAUAUACAUGUAGGAAGUUUACUGGAGAAAAAUCCUUUGAAUGUGAAAUAUGGUAAAUCAAUAUUUCAUGUCAUCCUCAAAGACAAGAGAGGCUCACACUGCUGAAAAUGUGUGUGUGUGUUUGUGUGUGUGUGUGUGAGAGAGAGAGAUCGAUCAAUCAAUCCACUGGGGAUUUAGUCUGGUGGUGCUCUACCACUGAGCUACAUUCCAGUUCCUUUUUACUUUUUAUUUUGAGACGGGGACUUGUUGAGUUUCUUAGGGUCUUCCUAAGGUGCUGAGGCUAGCCUCCAACAUUGAUUCUUCAGAAUCAGCCUCUCGAGUCUCGGGAAUUAAAGGCAUACACCACCACAUCCAACUGAAUAACUCUUUAAAUGUGAAAAAUAUCACAAAUCAUUCUAUUUUCCCUGUUGCCUUCAAAGCCAUUUCACUCACAUUGAAAAACAAACCCUCUGAAUUUGGGGGAUUUGCUACAUUCUGUCAGCUUCAUUUUCUUUCUUAUAUAUGAAAACACUCAUGCAGAGAAGCCCUGUGAAUGUGAGAAAUGUGGGAAAUCUACUAGUUUUCUCAUUUUUUCCCCUAAGGACUGGGAAUAUCAUUUUGGAAUAAAAAGAAUAAAUCCUAUGCAAGUAAGAAAUAUAAAGGGUUCAGCCGUUCUAGUUUUGUUCAGUUGUAUGAAAGGAGUCAUACUGUAGAAAAUGCUGAGGAUAAGCCAUGUGGGGCAGUAUUCAGAUUUCAGAGUUUUCUCCAAAGGCAUAAAAGAAUUCACAUGUGUGAAAAUCCUUUUUCUAUCUUUAAAAAUUGCAGGAACACUUUCAACUUUCCAGUUCCCUUUGAACAGCAUUUAAGAAAUCACACUGGAGAAAAGCCCUGUAUGUAGAAAUGUGGUGAGAACUUUGCUUGUUUCAGAUCCAUUUGAACUUGUUCAGACUUGAGGAAAAUUUUAUUUUAUUUCAUUUUAUUUAUUUAUUUUGAGAAAACCAGUGUAGGUGUUUGAAAAUGGUGUGUGCCUUCAUUUCUUUUUUCUUUCUUUCUUUUUUUUUUUUUUUAAAUCUAUUCAGAGGUAACAAAACUGCACCCUGGGUUGGAGAGGCGCAUUGCAUCAGCAUGAAGAUUUGAAAGCAAUAUGUUUUUCUGGGUUAAAUCUCUCUUAUUGUUAGAUUCCAUUUUCCUGUAUCUUAAGUCUUUUGAGUCUAAUGUUUCAUUACAUAUUGUGUAUGUUAGUUUAGGCCUCUCCACUCCAGGCUUUGGUACAGAUUGGUGAAAUGGCUCUUCUGAACUUCUUUCUUCUCUUUCUUUGUUCAGAUUUCACCCAGGAGUGCUCUACCACUGAGUUUCUCCACAAUCCUUUUAAUUGUUAUUUUUUGAUAUGGGGUGAGGCUGGCAGCUGGGACCAUCGGGAUGUGUCUGUGUACCCUGCAGCUGGCCUCUUCCUUUUCCUUGAUUGCUUAUUGAUCUAUUGAUGACUCUGGGACCAUCACACUUGUCACUUGUGCUUGUUCUAAGGCUCAUGUAUUGUGCUGUAUGUAGGCACAUUAAAGAGCAUUAUAAGAUAAUAUCAUUUGUGUAUAUUGUUUGGAGAGGCACUUUCUCAAAAUAUAUUUUGCCCUAUACUUGAGUUGCUUUCUCUUUUCUUUUCCCAGUUCUGGGGACCGAAUCCUGCCUUGUGCAUGCUAGGCAGGCAUUCUAGCAUUGAAUGCUCUGUGGCUCAGGUGGUGAGUUUGCUGCUGCUGUGAGUGUGGACCCCACUGAUAACCACAUUAGCAGAUGCAGCUCUGCAGGUGUUUCCUCCACAAUUGCAGCUGAUCUCUUCCUUCUUAAAGGUCUUUUAUACCAGUGAAUUUUUUUUUAAAAAAACUACAUCCAGUUUAGGUUUUCUCCCCAUGAAUAAUACUUAGGUGGAAUAUGCAGAAAACCCAGGCUUGAUUUCUCUCUGUGUUUAGAGUACCUCAGUAGCCCUGGUAAAAUUGUGUGAUGGUUUUCUUAAUACACACUGCAUGACCAAAGGCUUGGUAAGGAGCAUCCCACUCUGAUGUCCUAAUACAGCGGCAUUCUCUUCUCUACCAAAUAAUCUUAAAUAAGCUUCUCAAGAGACCUUCACCAUAAUUUUCUUUCAACAGAAUGUCAGGAAAAGAUUUUGCAAAGAUCUCAAUGUGGGUUAUAACACAGACUUCUGCUUUUGUGGCAAAGCUUGGAAAGCCUCUGACCAAUCUUAAAAUUGGUACACAAAGCACUUUCUGUGAACUAAUCAAAUCAAAACAAAACAACGACAACAAAAAACACCUUUAUGUAUACCCCCACAAAAAAUAUAAACCUCCAUCCCUGUCCCACUGGAUGUAAAUAAAGAUCAAUGAAAUUCAAAGCAGUGAUCCAAAAAAUUUUGUGAUACCCCUGAGAACCCUGCAGCUAAUCAAUGUGCUCCUGGAACAUUCCUUGGGUGUCUAGCCUCAUGUGCCCUACAUCACUAAUAAAGCUACAGCCUCCAAUCAGGUGAUAUUGUGCAGUACUUGCUGUGGAGAGGGCUGUUUCUGCUCAGGGUAAAGGAUUCAGUUGCUUGUCCUAAGGAUUCAAAGCCUCCUGAGCAAAACCUCUCCCACAACCUAUUCACGUGUCAUGGAUCUUGUGUGAUUAUUGGUAAGAGUUCCUUACAUACUUGUGUCCAAAUAUUGAAGUUUGCCAACAUGCCAAAGAUAGGUUGAUUGUCACUGCUAUCUCUGUUCCUGCCAUUUGCUGUGCCUCAGUGCUCAUUUGGAAAGGAAAGCCAAGAGUGUGCUGUGGCCCUUCUGUUUUUGAUAAAUACAGCCUAAGCCAUCCAGUAAAACUUCUUUAAAAGAUAGUUUUGAAUGCUUCCCAGGAUUUCCAAAAACUUUCUUUGCAGCUAAUGAGUCAGUGUGGCAAUUUCCUAGUUUUACAUUUUUGAUUUAAUAGAAAUAUUGCAUAGAGGUGUGUGAGCACUUGACGCAGUCUGGACUUGUUUGUAAUAAAUCCAUUUGCCAAAGGCCGUAGUUGCAGGCUUGUUCCUGGGCAGUGUGAGGGACCGGAGUGAAUGCAACUGUCCUGGGGUGUGGGCAUUGUUUGUAGGAGUUCAGUCUUGGUGAGUACAUCAGUUUAGGAAUCAGACUCCUAGGAGGGCUACAUAAUCUCCUGGCGGUACCUGCCUGUCCCUUUUGGACAAUAGUGUUAUCAUGUGAGCUGGCAGGUGGAUGGCUACCUUCUGAUGGAUUUGGGUUUGUAGCUGAGCAAAUAGUGAGAAUGUACAAUGAUUAAAUGAGAAUUAAAAUAUUCUUUGUCAUACCAAAGACAUAAUUUGGGGGCCAAACAUAAUAACAAGUAACCUCUUGGACCUUGAAUCACAUAUUUUCCUUCAUGUAUGCAUUUUCUUACAAACUUUUGUAGUGUGAUGCUUAUGUGGAACAAACUGAGAUAAACAUGGAGAGGUUUAUUUAAUGGUACAGUGUACUAGAAGUUUUAAAGACUUGCAGCAGGGUUAGAUUCCACUAUUGUUAAAAUUUUAUGAAAGACUCUGCAAUUCUCAAAAUUCUUGAGAAUCCCCAGGUGCUGUGGCAUACACCUGAAAUACCAGUGGCUCAAGAUUCUGAGGCAGGAGGAUUGUGAUAUUUUUCAACUUUUUUUAAAGAGAGAGAAUUUUUUAAUAUUCAUUUUUUAGUUUUCAGUGGACACAACAUCUUAUUUUAUUUUUAUGUGGUGCUGAGGAUUGAACCCAGCACCCCACGUAUGCCAGGUGCACUUGCUACCAUUUGAGCCACAUCCCCAGUCCAUCUUUUCAUUUUUCUUAAAAAUUUAUAUUUAUAUAUAUAUAUAAUAUAUAUAUAUAAGUAAUAUAUAUAAAUAAAUUGUUUUUUCCUAAGAUCAAACCCAGUGCCUCACACAUACUAGGCACAUUGUCAACCACUGAGCCACAACCUUAGCCCAAGGGUUCUGAUUUGUAAGGUGGCCUCCCUGGAUAACAAGGAGUAAAGAACUCAGUGAGACCCUGUCUCUAAGAAGUAACUCAAAUAAUAAAUAAAAAAGAAGGCUGGGAGGUGGCUGAGUGAUUGAGUGCCACUGAGUUCGAUUCACAGUACCCCCAAGAAAAAUGCAUUAGGAACCAAGUUUUAAUAAACCGUAUGAUGGGUGGAUGGACUUGUCCAUUAUAUUGUUUUCUUCUUUGGAUUCUCAGGCAUGGUUUACUAAUUCAGGAACUCUGUAAAAUUCACCAAUUCAAUAAAAAGCAAGUGUAUGGUUUUAAAAAAUAAUAAUAUAGCAAGGUCCAUGAGGGGCCGCUUCCUGCUCUGGGAACCUCAGUAAUUGGUAGUCAUCACAAGUGGCCAUCAUGUCCUUAUCAUAAAGAGUUUGUGAAAGCUUCUAUUGUGCAGGAGUCUCUGAAGGUGCUAAAAGUGCCUGUCUUUUCAGAGCCUAUUGGUGGAGGAAUUCCAUAUGGAGGUCUCUGAUUUAGAGAUGAUGUCAUUGGGGAGCUCAAGUGAAACUGAUAAGUGAAGAACACAUUGCCACAUGAUCCAGGGCAGCCUAAAAGGUGUCAGAUUUUCUUGUCUUCAAGGAGUGUGUCAAGCAACCUUGGAGGAGGAUGUCAGCAAUUUGCGAUGUGCUCCUGCAAAAACGUCUCUGCUCAGGUCAUUUGUGAAAAGCUGAUGAGUAGUCUAAAAAUUUAUUUGGUCCUGUUAGUGAUAAGGACAAUUUGCAUUAGAAUGCUAUUGAAAUAGAGAAAACAGAAAAUAUUAGCCAAUUCUGAGGCCAAAAUAUAUACCAGUUGUGAUUAAAUAGGAUCAGUAAUUUUCACUAUAUUUGGUAUUGGGUAUGGAUACUUACAGAUGGGACUAGAUCACCAAAGUAGCAGUAAUCUACCCAAGGCAAAUGUUGAGAUAGAGAAUAUCUGUGUUUAUGUAGUUGGUAUUUUAUUUUUUUCCUCUGUGAUUAUCAUUGACUGUGUUUAAACAUUUCAGGAUGCCCAGAUAGAACUCUAAUUUUUCCAUAUUUAAUGAAUUAGAAAAUGUUAGACUAUUAAAUAUUCUCAGAAGCACAUCAGAUUUUAUAGGAAUUUUUAGUUUCCAUAGACCUUGUUUUAACAUAUCAAAAAAUAUAUGAAGUGAUUUAAUUAGA